UCAAAAUGCUGUCAUCGGUUAUAAGAUGCGGAGGACAGCAAGCCUCAUCGCGAAUGACUCCGGCUGUUUGUAUGGCAAUUCGAAGAUUUGAUCCGCUGGAAGCUAAAAUGGCUCAAAAAAAGGCCCAAAUUAUCGAACAACAACAAGGCCAGGAGGUUGACCAACAUCGUGUGACCUACGCAACCAAAGACGAUUUCAAACAUUCUGUUCAAGAUUCUCGUUUUACUGGAGCAGCCGAUUCAGAAACUGGACAAGUACCUACAAAGUGGCAGAGAAAAUUUUUGGUGAUUACCAAACUUUACCCGUCUGCCGCUGAUAUUCCACCAUAUGUUCACCAUGGAACAAUGAACAGAAUGCACGACAGAAUGCGAGUAGUCUUCAUUGUCACUGCUUCACUUUUCUUCUUUUCAACAUUCUACAUCGCUGAAAGAGCAAUGGCUCAGAAAAUCGCACGUGAUCGUGAUGCAGGAGUAGUUGUUACCAAGAUGUAAAUUUCGAAUUUGUUUGUUUGACCAGAAUCAAAUUGUACAAAUUGGUAGAAAUGAGCAGUUAUAGUAGAAUAUCUUGCUUUUUCUUAAAUAAUUCGGUUAAAAUCGUGUCAAAAAUUAAAAAUUUUAGCGCUCAAUUUCUUAUUCAAUUUUACUAGUUUGGCUCCUCGUUUGUUACGGUUUCUAAAAUCUUUUUUUGUAAAUUAUGUGUUUCAUAAAUGUUUGAAAAUUGA